GUGCGGGUCGCAGGCACAGCAAGGUUGAUGAUGUCGAGUGGACAGAUGGAUGACAUUUUAGACUCUUGCCAUCAGACCAGAUGGAGACCGAAGAAAAAACAGUCUAAGGAUGAACGCACAGAAAAACCGGAUAAACCACCUGGAGCAGCACCAACCUUUUCAAUAGCUUUGGCUAAAGCCAAGGCAGAGACUGACACCUUAAGGGUGAAAUGUCAACAUCUGCAGGAGAAAAUAGAAGAUUUGACAAAAGAACGAGAUUUCCUUAGACAACAGCUGUCAGAAGCCAUCAAAAUGGACAACAUGCCUGACAAAAAUAAAGAUAACCCUGCAGACAUAGCAAAAAAAAUUAAAAUCUCUCAAGAGUAUUCAGAAAGUGACCCAUCUGAUUCUGAAUCUUCUGACACUUCUGACUCAGAGUCAUGUAGCUCAGACUCUUCAAGGGAGAAGAAGAAAAGAAAGAAGAAGGCAAAGAAAGUAAAGAAAAGAGUAAAAAAAAACAUAAGAAAAACAAGCAGAUGAGUAAAUUCUACCAAAGGGUUACUGAACCAUGGCAGGUGGUAAAGCGGUACGAAUCAGUCCUGGGGAUUUUCAAAAGAGGAAGCAACAUGGCAGAUGCAUUCAGAAAGUAUGGUGUGGACCGGAACACAAUUGUGCAGAGUGCAGCUAUUGCAGGGGCGGAGUGGGACCAAAAAAUCUACCGGGAAAUUUCGUAUACCACCGGCCCUCCGUGGUAAAAAAAAUGUCUCGUAGCCUAUUUGUAGUAAAACUAGAGUAAUACAAAUUGUAAUCAAUUUGCCCAAAAAAAAACAUUUUCAUAAUAAUAAUAAAAUCAUUAAAUCAUGGCUAAUUUUCCUAAAUGAGUAUACAAAAUGAUACCUGGUUGAAAGACGGAGAUGCGCACCUCAAUCAGCUAUUACAUAACAGAGCGAGACCAGAGAUGAAUGUGCUCAUAAACGGGAGUAAUAUGGAAUAAUUUGUGCAUCUUUAAAUAGCUGUAAGAAUAUUUCCUUUAAAUAUAA